AUACCAAACAGAAGAUACUCGAUUAAUUGUUCGCAACCCAAUCGAGUGAUAGUAGUUCUAUCGCACUCCACGCUGACAAAAAUCCAGAGAAAUUGUAAGUCGUCGCAUCAAUUUGUGGAAUAAUAAUUUUCGGAAUAACCGACGGUAGAUUGAUGCUUAAAGUGCAUUGUGCAUACUAUACAAUACGCUUACAAAUCACUUAAAUAAUAUUCUCAAACACACACACCAUACAGUGUUCGAAAAAAAUAGACUUGCUGCAGGUGUCUUUUUCCUUUCGUUCGUUUGGCAACAAGUAGAAAUCUCCCCUGAAUCAUUGCCAUGCAAAAUUCAAGACCGAGAGGCUCCUCCUAUAAGCCGCAUCGUCGGCCAGCUGCUGGACAAUCAGCUAAUGUCAAGGCAAGCGAACCCAAAGCGGAAGCUCUUAAUUGUCAACCGGGUAAUGAUGAUAACGCGUGCGUCGUUUGCUUUAAAAAUGUUGAAAUCUAUUCAAUUGGCGACUGCGAUCAUCCUGUUUGUUACGAGUGCUCCACGCGUAUGAGAGUCCUUUGCCAGCAAAACGAAUGCCCCAUCUGUCGCCAUGUGCUGAACAAGGUACUGUUUACAUUGGAAAAGCUGCCUUAUCGCGAACUUGAAGCUGGCAAUCGCUCCGAUUUCUACAGCAAAAAAUAUCGCAUUGGUUUCUGCACUGCAGACAUACAACAGAAAUUCUAUAAGCUGUUAGAUCAUCCAUGCUCGCAGUGUAAUGUGCAACCGUAUCGCACGUUUGAGGCUCUGCGUAAUCAUGUGCAACGCGAGCAUCAUAUGUAUUUCUGCGACUUGUGCGUGAAGAACUUGAAGAUCUUUACAUUCGAGAGGCGCUGCUACACGCAGGCUGAGCUGACAAUACACAAUACCAAAGGAGACCCGGACAAUACUUCGCAUCGGGGUCAUCCGCUCUGCGAGUAUUGCAACAAGCGCUACGUGGAUCGAGAUGAGCUCUUCAGGCAUUUGCGAAGAGAUCAUUACUUUUGUCAUUUCUGCGAUGCAGAUGGCUGCAACGAUUUCUAUAAUGUCUAUGCCGACUUGGCUGAUCAUUUUCGCAAGGAACAUUUCCUUUGCGAGGAAGGCAAAUGCGCAACGGAGGAGUUUACGGGCGCCUUCCGCAACGAGAUUGAAUAUAAAGCUCACGUAGCGAGUGUGCAUGGCAAAACGCUGAACAAACAACAGGCCAAGCAGACGCGCACCUUACAACUGGAGAUUACGCUUGGACCACGUGGGCGUGCACGGGGCCCCAACGAUCAAGGCAUAACAAAUAUGAGAUCACGCAAUGAGGAGCAUCUGGAUUAUUUGGAUGAAUUGCCCUCAAGUAGCUCACAGCGAAACCAUCCUAUUACAAUAGAUGCUGGCAACGAGGAUGAGUUCCCUCAGCUUGCCGGCAUUACGCCUGGACCGAAUGUCUCUUUGGUGAGAGCGCCGCCACCGUCGAUGCGUAAUUUAAGCGGCACCUCGGGUCUGGCUCGCACUAAAGAAAACUUUCCAGCUCUUGGCGGGGCAGCUGGUGGCAGCAUAUCGAACGUGUAUAAUAGCAGCUAUGCUAACGCACGAGCUCAGCCUCAACCUGCUGCGACUACCUUUAAGAAGGCGUCUACUUCAGCCGCGAGCACUGGGGGAUCUGUAACGCGUGCCAAUGCACCGGCUAAUGGAAUGCUGUUGCAUGUCUCGAAUCGACCUGCGGCCAAUAAUAACAGCAAGAAAUCAGCAGGCCCGGAAAUGGACUUUCCCGCCUUGCCCAUGGGCAAGGGAAAAAAGGCGCGCAAUUUGGAAGAAGAUAUGUUGCCCGGCGCGGCCAUGCCCUUGAACAAUGUGGCUGCCAAGCAUCGUACUCUCGUCGAUGACUAUGUUUCCGUGGCACAUCCGAGCACCUAUCAGAAGAUACAAAUGGUACAAAAGGAAGAACUAGAGGCUAAGGCACGUCAAGAGGCGCUAAAGAAGAGUGCACCCAAACUGACGGCAGCCGAGUUUCCAACGCUUGCGCCAAGCAGCUCAAAAGCAGCAACGGCAACAACAACAUCUAAGCCCAAUAAUGGUGGCUCAGCGGGCUCUCUCAACUGGACGAAGCCAGUGUCAGAGAAGAAGCAAAAGGAUUUGGAGAAUCGCAAGAGUAAAGUGGCUCCAGCUCCCAUUUUGCCAACAUCGAGAGGUAGCAGCGCGACUAGUUUAAAUAACAAUAAAACGAACAACAUUAACAAACAAGAGCCAAAGCAACAGCCGGAGAACAACAAGAAGGAGAAGAAGCCCAAAGAGAAGAAGAACAAUCAAGAGAAUCAGCCUAAAGUGAACAACAAGCAGAAGGAGAAGAACAACAACAAUACAAAUAACAAUAACAAUAAUAAUAACAAUAACAUCGAUAAGCAGCAGCAGCAGCCACAACAGCAGCAGCUGCCAACUUCGAAUGGCAACUUAUCAGGGCCAUUGCGUGCACCACCCGGACUUGCUGCACCACCCAUUAAACCACCUCCUGGUUUCAUGUCAAAUGUAACUGUCAACUCGGUGGCUAAACUGCCCAACAAUUUGACUUUCACCUCUUCCUUGGGCGAGAAUUAUAGCAUUGUGCCUAGUGCCAAUUGCUAUAUUGAUCCACCCGAUGCAGCAAUCCGGAAUCAGAACCUAGUGGAUCAGCUGUGUAAGGUACUAAAAACACCCGAGGCCUUUAAUGAAUUUCGCUUGCUUUCGUCCAGCUUUCGUGAUGGCACCUGUACGGCUCAAGCCUACUACGAGCAUUGCCAAAGCGCCAUGUCGGACAAGUUCCAAAGUCUCUAUCCGGAGCUCUUAGCCAUGUUACCCGAUAUUGGCAAACAGCAGGAAUUGUAUUUGGUGCAUAAACAACAUGUGAACAGUUUGCCACCCAGCCAGAGUAAAUUACUGCCUCAGCUCGAAGUGUGCAGAAGCUGUAAACAAAUCGUUUUGCCCAAUGAUUUGGCCAGUCAUCAAAAAGCGCAUGAGCUGUCAAAGAACUUUCCUUCGCUCGAUAAUGCUGCUUCGAAUAAUUUGCUAAAUGCGGGAGCCAAGAAUGCACAACGUAAAUAAAAACCAGAGCCAUACAGUUUCAGCAGUCACGACAGCAACAGCGACAGCAAAAACAAUUACAACGAAUAAAUUCCAA